AUGGCACCAGCGGAGAUCGUGCCCAAGGACUACUUAGGACUCAUCAACGACAAGACGGAGAGAGAGUGGACACCACCUACGCCGGUCAUGGAAAACACCGAGGAACAGGAAGUCAAGGAUUACCAGAAGCGUCUCACCGUCGCCAAGGCAGAGAAAGCGAAGACCAAGAACACAUCGGACACAAACCCAGCCACUGCACGCUGA